UAUAUAUACGUACAGCAAAAGGAGGUUGAACACUUGUUGAACUUCAGACGCUCGAUCAAUAGGAUUGCAAAAAUCUGUGUUAGAAUAAGGUCACAAAAGUUUGAAACUUAUCACUUUUGUUACAUUUCAACCAUGCCGAGUUGUCCUAAAUGUGAUAAACCCGUUUAUUUUGCUGAACGGGUGUCAUCCCUGGGAAAAGAUUGGCAUCGAGCUUGUCUGAGAUGUGAAAAGUGCAACAAGACGUUAACACCAGGAUCUCAUUCUCAGCAUGAUGGAAAGCCAUACUGUAACAACCCAUGCUACAGCGCCCUUUUUGGACCUGGUGGAUUCGGACGUGGUGGAGCUGAAAGCUAUGUCUACAAAUAAACAUUCUUUUCCGUUAUCCACUAAUUCUUUUACAAAAAUGAAAUCGAUUUUGGGAAAGAAAAAUUGCGAUUUCAUUAUGAAAAUUAUAAUUUUACUCAUUUUAUAGCACACAUUUUCAGUUUGAUGUCUUUAAUGAAGUUAAAAUGUAGAUACACUAAACAAUUCUCAAUUCGUUAGAUGACUCUUUAUUUCCAACUGCAAUUCUUACUACAACGUUACUUUAAAAUCGUACUGCAGUUCACAUCUGCAAACGUUUUAUACAAAUAAAGAUUUAUACUUACUA